AUGUUUAAACCAAAGAAGGGAUAACAAUAACAAUAAUAAUAGCCAUUUUACUUGAGUUGGUUCACAAAUCAAGGGUAUUAUGAAGGAUGUACAUUAGUUUAGGGAAAAUUUAAAAAGAGGAGGAACAGCUCCACAAUAGACUCGAAAAGAACGAUUAUAAUUAAAAAGUCCUUACUAGUAACCAUUGACAACUGUUAUUCAUAUGGCUCCUAAUCCUUAUAAUAGGAUUAUGUAAUAUAUAUGUAAGUAUAUUAGGCAAGCACCUAAAACUAAUAGCAAUAUUCAGCAAAUCUCUAAGAUAUAUGCCCAAAAGUCUCAAUUGUCUAAAAGGAAAAGUCAAGAGUAUGAACGACAACGUUAUGAUUUGAAGCCAUAGUCUUAAUAAUCUCGAGCCUUUACAUAAUAAGGUAUAAGACCACUUAGAUUAAAUGAUGGGCGACCUCAGACUCAAUAAAAUCUAAUUGAAAACAAAUUAUGUUGUGAUAAUUUAGGUAGCGAUGAGGAAUAAUAAGAACAAUUGACUCCUAGAGAUGAUAAAGAAGAUAUUGAUAUAGAUAAUAAUGGAGCAAAUCAAUACAUUAAUGAUUGUUUCUCAAAUGAAUCAAAUGAAGCAGCAGAUAGUGAAGAUCAUUAAAAUUUCUAAUUGCAAAUUUAGAAUGAUGAAUAAAUGUAUCAGAAUACAAUAUAUGUAAUAGAUAAAAUAAGUCUUUAAUUAAGGAAGAACCAAUAACAAGUUUAAGAAAGACAAAUAACCAAAUUAAUAGACCUUAGACUUCUGAAGGUGGAAAAAGAAAGAGAUUUAUGAAUUCCUUAAAUUAGACUGAUUAGAAUUAUGAGAAGAAAAAAGAGACUGAAUGUGAAUUAUUGGAAUAUGAAGCAAAUAUAAUAUUAGAAGAAAAAGACAAUUAAGAAAUAAUUGAUAUCAAUUUUAAAGCAUCUCCAAAGGUAAGUCAUGAGUAUGAAAAUAGGAACUAAUCUCCAUUCGAUCAGGAUAUAGAAGAAAAUAAAAUGAUUUAAAUGAAUUAUUAGAAACUAAUAAUGAAUUACGUCCUCCAUCAAGACAUAAAACUCCUCCUAAAGCCACUGGAUUAGAAUUACCAUUAGAAAAUGUUGUUAAUAAUAUUUAAAGAGAGAGUGUUGAUAUUCCAAUUAAAAAUAUGUAUGCAUAAAUAAAUGAUGAAAGUAAUCUACUCUAUUUAUUAUAAUUAGAAAUUUAAGAAGAAAAUGAUGGUGAUAUUGAUUUAGAUUUUUUUAAAAUGAACAAUAAGAUGAAUUUCAAAAAGUUUUAAUAAAAUGAUAUAUAAGGAUAUCAUACUGAUGAUGGAAAUAAAUUUAAUUAUUAAAGACAUCCUAAAUCAGCAAAUGUUAAAUAAAAUUAAUUACGUUCCCCUCUUAAUUCUCAAAUAACUUCAGCACAUUUAAGAAAUGAAGCUUAAAUAGUUAUAAAAUAUAAUAAUAGUUCUGCCAUUUAAAGAAAUGAUGAACCAAUUAAAGUUCCAUUUUAAACUUCAUUAGGAUAGGAUUUUUUAAGAUUGUUUGCCAAUAAUAAUAUGGAAUGA